AUGGAGUCAAAGACACAGCAUCAGAAUCAGCUCUUUCACUUGCGCUCCUUAUGUAUAAGAGAGAACAAGGCCUCGCAUACUGCUGUUUUGCUGCUGUUUGAGGAAGAACUACAUUUGGUUGCAAUGCAUUCUGGAAAUGAUGACAGACCGUGUUUCUGGGGAUUUAUUGUUACCAAGGGACUUUAUAAUUCGUUCAUUGUGAUGUUAAAUCUCAGAUGUUUGGGUAUAGUGUUCGACCUGGAUAAAAUGAAACACUUAUUCUAG